UCAAAGUAAAUUAACUAUUUUGUUUUCUUUUUUUAAAUAGGGUUACACAUCAUUUUGGAAUGACUGUAUAUCAUCUGGAUUACGUGGCUGUAUGUUAAUUGAAUUAGCAUUAAGAGGAAGGUUACAACUAGAGGCUUGUGGAAUGAGACGUAAAAGUCUAUUAACAAGAAAGGUGAUCUGUAAGUCCGAUGCCCCAACAGGGGAUGUUCUUCUUGAUGAAGCUCUAAAGCAUGUGAAGGAGACUCAGCCUCCAGAAACAGUCCAGAACUGGAUUGAAUUACUUAGUGGUGAAACAUGGAAUCCAUUAAAACUGCAUUAUCAGUUAAGAAAUGUGCGGGAACGAUUAGCUAAAAACCUGGUAGAAAAGGGCGUAUUGACAACGGAGAAACAGAACUUCCUACUUUUUGACAUGACCACACACCCCCUCACCAACAACAACAUUAAGCAGCGCCUCAUCAAGAAGGUCCAGGAAGCUGUUCUUGACAGGUGGGUGAAUGACCCUCAUCGCAUGGACAAGCGCUUGCUGGCCCUCAUUUACCUCGCCCACGCCUCGGAUGUUCUGGAGAACGCUUUCGCUCCCCUCCUGGAUGAGCAGUAUGAUUUAGCCACCAAGAGAGUGCGGCAGCUCCUCGACUUGGAUCCUGAAGUGGAGUGCGUGAAGGCCACCACCAACGAGGUUCUGUGGGCCGUGGUGGCCGCGUUCACCAAGUGACUGCUGCGAGGAGGCGUUCUCCUGGCUCUCACGCAAACCAGUAGUUUUCCUUCUGCUGACUCCUGGUUUUCUGCAGUUUGUACUUUCCCAUACUAUAAUUGGCUUUUUUUUUUUU